AUGUUGUAUAACUGCUUCGUGCUGCAGCAGCACUUGUUGUUGCUGCACCAUUUGCUGCUGCUACGUCGCUUGCUGCUGCUACCACACCGCGUGCAGCUGCUGCAUCGUCCGCUGCAGCAGCAGCAGCAGCAGCAGCAGCAGCAGCAGCAGCAGCAGCAGCAGCAGUUAUCUAGAGAGUUGAAUUGCUUUGCGUAUGAACUCAGCUGGGGGGUCCUCAAGGAAAGCCUGCGCAGCCACCGCAUCGACUGUCUGCAGCCGGGGGGACCGAGACACAGUUGCUUCUAUCACGGCCUGCAGCAGCAGCAGCAGCAGCAGCAGCAGCAGCAGCAGCAGCAGCAGCAGCAGCAACAGGAGGUCGUGGAGACAGCAGGAGCAACGGCAAUAAGCAGCAAACGCAACAAUGAACUGCAGCAGCAGCAGCAGCAGCAGCAGCAGCAGCAGCAGCAGCAGCAGCAGCAGCAGCAGCAGCAGCAGCACAGCAUUAUCAUGCAGCAAAAACACCAGCAGCAGCACCAGCCCUCCCCCCCUCCCCCCCCACCGCCAGCACCAGCAUAA